AUGGCAUCAUUUAUUACAUUGCCGAUAGAACUAGUUUAUCGUGUUUUCGAUCACCUGGAUGAUUUGACGAUGAUUUUUUCCAUGCACAAUGUUUGUGUACGUUUUAACAACAUCCUAAAUACUUACCAUCGAUAUCAAAUACUUACAGAACUUGAUCUUCGUUGGAAAGAGUUGAACGACGAAAAAAUGAAAAAUCUUGUCAACGGUUUACAUUCCAUACAGAAUCUUACUACGCUGGACCUGUCCUUUAAUGGAAUCGGUCUAGUAGGAGCCUCUUCACUCGCUAAGAUGUUAGAACAAAAUGAAACACUUACAACAAUGAAUAUCAGCUUCAAUGGAAUGGGCUCACAGGCAGCAAAAUAUUUCGCCGAUGCUCUACAAAGAAACAAAACACUGAUUGCACUUCAUUUAUCGGGUAAUGAAAUUGGUGCACAAGGAAUGCAAUAUCUUUCUGAUGCUUUAUUGCAAAAUAAAACACUAUCUGCUCUCUAUCUCGAUGCGAAUGGAAUUGAUGAUCUUGCAAUUCAGUAUCUUGUCGGUGUCUUACAGCAUAACAAAACACUUAAAGUACUUGAUGUCGGACACAAUGAGAUCACUUCAUUUGGAAUACAAUACCUUGCUGAUGCUCUGCGAGAAAAUCAAACACUCAAUAUGUUUGAUCUUCGAAAUAAUAAUAUCGGUACUGGAGGAAUGAUGCAACUUGCUGGAGUUCUACGCGAGAAUAAAACGCUAACCGCUCUAAAUAUUCGUGAAAAUAAUAUCGGUUUGGAAGGGAUAGAACAUCUUGGAAAUGCUCUGCAACAAAAUAAAACACUGACCACAUUGAAUUGUGGUGCUAAUCAAAUAGGUGAUCAAGAAUUUUAUCACCUUGCCAAUGGUUUACAAGAAAAUAAUACAAUGACUACGCUUGACAUCUCCAAUAAUCAAAUAGGUCCAGUAGGAGCUCAACAUCUUGGAAAUAUCUUGCAACGGAGUAAAACACUGAUUUCACUUGAUCUUUAUGGAAACCGAAUUGGACCACAGGGAGCACAGCAUCUGGCCGAUGCCUUGCAACGUAAUGAGACACUUGUUACACUUGAUCUGCAUGGAAAUCAAAUUGGACCAGUGGGUGUCCAAUAUUUCGCUGCUGCUCUCGAACAAAACAAAGCACUCACUUCAUUAGGUAUUGCAUCGAAUUCAAUCGAUGACCAAGCCGUACAAUAUCUUGCCAACGCCUUACAUCGAAACAAAACACUCAAAGAACUGCAACUCUAUGACAAUAAUAUUGGUGCACAUGGAGCGGAAUACCUUGCUGUUGCUUUACAGGAAAAUAAAACACUUACUGAGCUGGAUCUGCAUACUAAUCAUAUCAGUACACAAGGAGUGCAGCAUUUAGCGAAAGCGCUUCAAGGAAACAAUCGAACACUUCGUACAUUGAAUAUUCGAAACAAUGGUAUUGGCAGUCAGGGAAAACAAUAUGCUAAAGAGAUAGUUAAACGUAAUCCACAUAUAAAAUUAUUAUAUAAUCAUUAA